CUUAUUUCAUUUUCCACUAAAUUUGGUAGGUUUGAAUCUGACUUAUUGACUUAUUGUAAAUACUAAAUACACAUAGAUUUCAGAAUUUCCCUAUAUAAAGACCUAGCUAGCUUUAAAUCUUUAGAACUACUCCAAAACAUCCAAAGACAUUACAAAAUGAACAUCCAAAGAUCUUCACACGUUUUCGUUUUCAUUGCGGUUUCUAUCAUUGCAAUGUUCUUAAUCACAGGAGUAAGAACAGAACAACCAGUAAAAGAUUAUUGUCCAGGGAUAUGUAAUGUUGCAGCUGUACCAGAUUGUGAUACACUAUGCAUUAGCUUAGGGUAUUCAGGAGGUUAUUGUCGAGCUGGAAGAAUCUGUUGCUGCAAUCCAAAAGGAUCCUCUAAAUCCUCAAUUGUUCCUCCUAUUUAGUUUUUGUUUUGUUAAUCUUGAGGAUUACUAUUUUAUCUUUUCAAAUAAACCCUAAUAAAAAUAUAAAUGUUGACAUGAAACAGCUAAUGUUUAGCUUAAAGCUUGUAUCUUAUA